GGUUUGACGUUGACAAUAGCCAACCAAUUGUCAAAAUUUGUUUUGAAUUGUUCUUUCAAAUUUUUCUUGUGUUGUGGACAUAAUUACUCAGAAAAAUGGCCAAGUCUAAGAAUCAUACCAAUCAUAACCAAAACCGCAAAGCGCAUCGUAAUGGCAUCAAGAAACCCAGGAAGUUCAGACCUACCCUACACACAUCUACCCUUGGUAUGGACCCUAAAUUCCUGAGGAACCAAAGGUUUUGCAAGAAAGGCAACUUGAAGCCCGCAAAGCAGGUUGCCCGUGCUGCCGAGAGGAAAGCUGUCAGAGAAGCCAAGAGCAAGAAAUAGAUGUCGUAAGGUUAAAUAAAAUUUAAAAAUCCAA